CCACGCCAUUCUACGUUUGUAGGGUAUCAGGUUAGAAGUAUAUGAUGUUUCGUUUUUGUUUUGCUAUCGUUCUUCUCGCGAAGUUAAGUUUUCCACUAAGUGAUGGAGCAGAUCCGUUUACCUCCGAAAAUGAAGUUGGUGGCGAAUGGUCCGAAAUAUUUGUGCGUUCAGGUGCAACGAUAGACGAUGACGAGUCCGAGGGCUCGGGUAACGUCACCGAGGAAUUUGUGGAAAGUCGUUCGUUUUAUAAAGUUGAUAUAUUAAGUCGGGCAUUGCAACCCGGGGAUUGCAUCACAUUGCAGAAACAACUUGAUGUUGUAUUCGUAUUGGACACGAGAUUGCAGCGCACCUUAGAUUACAUGAAAGAAUUUACAAUGAACACGCUCAAGAUAUUUGAGUUGGGAUCCAACAAAAUAAGAGUUGCAGUAACCGCUACAGAGGGCAACCAAAUCGUCUCACUGAUGCAAGGUGUCGGCCAUCGCCAAGUACAGAAUCUGUUAAACAAUAUACCGACAACGGUAAACUUUGAUGUUGUGACAGCACUGGACAAAGCGCGUAGCAUUUCAACUGCUGGAGCAAGGCAAGUUAGAAAGGUGAUCGUCAUCGUAACUUGCGCAGAGGAAACUAGAAACCCGAGAUUAAAUUCUCUAGUUUCGGAUUUAAGAUCUUCAGGGCAUGUCAUCUUCGUUGUCGCUAUUGGUCCUUUAUCUGAAGGAACUUUGCAAAUAUUAAGAAGUGUGGUGGCACAAGCUGAUGACUUCAUUCAUGUCGAUCGAAUAUGGAAACUUACCGACCUUAAGGAUUUGGACAAACGACUUGCUGAAACAUACGGUUGUGACCCCUGUAUUCCUAAUCCAUGCGUGUAUGGUUCCUCAUGCAUGCCUCAAGCGGACGGAGGUUUACGAUAUCGAUGUCGCUGCCCUUCAGGGUAUAUUGGUGGCGUGUGCAGGGGAACAGUUCCUUGCGGAAAUACAUUCUGCACGCCGAACGAGGUAUGCAACAAACUUGGAUCAUCCAUGCGUUGUAUUAACCCAUGCAAACCAAACCCGUGUCAACACGCUGGUGUGUGUACAGUUGCCCCUACAUCUACAGGUUUUGUGAACUGUCAAUGUCAGAACGGUUACAGUGGCACUCGAUGCGAGAGAAGCAUUCGAGCCUCGCAAUGCGAUGGCUUUAAUUGUCUGAACGGUGGGAGGUGUAAAGUAAACGUUGUUAGUCAGCAGCCAUUUUGUGAAUGUUAUGAAAUAUAUGUUGGACCGAGAUGUGAGCUAACUCCAUGUGAUAACGUCCAGUGUGCCAACGGAGGCACCUGUGUAAUAACAAGCACAUACCAGCCGGAGUGUAUUUGCGCUGGGCAAUUCACUGGACCUCGCUGCACGGAAGGAAACUUACUAUGUGCCACACAUGCGUGUUUGAAUGGCGGUUCAUGCGUUGAACGACCACAGGUCGGGGCAUCGUGUCUUUGUACGUUGGAAUGGACCGGCAGUAACUGUCAACAACCUAAACCAUCUCCUUGUGAAAAAUUGGUUUGCAAAAACCGUGGUCAGUGUAAAGUGAAAUCUGAUGGAACCCCAGUUUGCAUAUGCGACCAUUUCUACAUUGGACCAACAUGCGAACAAACACCGUGUGAUAACUACAGUUGCUUCAAUGGCGGCACCUGUGUGAUCGGUAGUCGGCCUUCUUUUAUUCCAUACUGCGUUUGUAGCUCUGAUUAUUCAGGGAUAAACUGUAGAGUAAAGAAGACGAAUCCGUGUGCAACAUUCCAAUGCUUAAAUGGUGGUUCCUGCGGACUAAAUGCUAGAAACCAACCGGUAUGUACAUGCACUCCCCUGUUCGAUGGGCAACAAUGCCAAACUUCCAAGUGUCAGUUCCAUUACAGCUGUAAGAACGGCGGCGUGUGCGGGCUCACCAACGGACAGCAUCUACCAUUGACCUGCAUUUGCCCGUUUCCCUACGUAGGUGCCGACUGCGCCUUGACAGUUUGUCAGCAAGCGCGCCAGUGUAUGAACGGUGGAUCGUGUACGUAUAGAAGUGGCCAGCCUCAAUGCGAAUGUCCCACAACGCACACAGGGUCUUAUUGUGAAACUCCAGUCCUGGAUCCAUGCUCGCCGAAUCCAUGCCAGAACUUCGGUUCAUGCACCAAGACAAGCAGUUCAACUACUUUCUCGUGUACUUGCCGUGCUCCAUUCACUGGGCCAACAUGCAUCGCUACUUUAUGCGAACAACGACGCUGUUUGAACGGAGGAACUUGUCGUUACAACAUCAAUCAACAACCUUACUGUAGUUGCCCUCCCACUCACUCUGGUACUUCAUGUGAAAUUCUUCUUGUCAAUCCUUGUUCGCCAAAUCCUUGCCAGAAUGGGGGAACUUGUACCAGGGCUGGUAGCAGUGCGUCGUCUUACGCUUGUACAUGUAUAUUACCCUACACUGGACCAACAUGUAUCGCUACUUUAUGCGAACAACGACGCUGUUUGAACGGAGGAACUUGUCGUUACAACAUCAAUCAACAACCUUACUGUAGUUGCCCUCCCACUCACUCUGGUACUUCAUGUGAAAUUCCUCUUGUCAAUCCUUGUUCGCCAAAUCCUUGCCAGAAUGGGGGAACUUGUACCAGGACUGGUAGCAGUGCGUCGUCUUACGCUUGCACAUGUAUAUUACCCUACACUGGACCAACAUGUAUCGCUACUUUAUGCGAACAACGACGCUGUUUGAACGGAGGAACUUGUCGUUACAACAUCAAUCAACAACCUUACUGUAGUUGCCCUCCCACUCACUCUGGUACUUCAUGUGAAAUUCCUCUUGUCAAUCCUUGUUCGCCAAAUCCUUGCCAGAAUGGGGGAACUUGUACCAGGACUGGUAGCAGUGCGUCGUCUUACGCUUGUACAUGUAUAUUACCCUACACUGGACCAACAUGUAUCGCUACUUUAUGCGAACAACGACGAUGUUUGAACGGAGGAACUUGUCGUUACAACAUCAAUCAACAACCUUACUGUAGUUGCCCUCCCACUCACUCUGGUACUUCAUGUGAAAUUCCUCUUGUCAAUCCUUGUUCGCCAAAUCCUUGCCAGAAUGGGGGAACUUGUACCAGGACUGGUAGCAGUGCGGCGUCAUACUCGUGCACUUGUCCGUUUCCUUACACCACGGUCAGCAAUUGCCGUUCGGAAAUAUGCGAGCAAGUCCGGUGUAUGAACGGUGGAACAUGCCAAUACCGUAACCAACAACCAGAAUGCGCAUGUCCUUCCACGCACAACGGGGACUUCUGCCAAAACCAGAACAACGUUGCUAAUCCUUGCUUGCCAAACCCUUGUCUGCAUUCAGGAACAUGUUCCCCAAUUCCAACAAGGACUAAGAAAUACACAUGCCAAUGUCCAACAAGGCGGACAGGCGACCGAUGCGAACUUACGAAGUGCAAUGAGCUGCUUCCCCAGUGUCUUAAUGGGGGCGGAUGUAAAUACGUCAACGAUUUACCCCAAUGCGCAUGUACACCACCAUAUUAUGGCGCAUAUUGCGAAUUCCGGCUUUCUUGUAUUAACAACCCUUGCCGUAGGGGAGGGAGAUGCGUACCAGAUGGACCUAGCGGUUGGUUUUGCCGAUGCCCCCGUGGUUACGGUGGAACUACAUGCGAGAUACCUAUAUGUUUGGCAUCGUGUAUGAACAAUGGAACUUGUGUCCAUACGAGCUCGGGACCCCAUUGUGAGUGUCCCCCUGGAACCCGACCACCAAUAUGCCAUAGGGACCCUUGUACUCCAAAUCCUUGUCAACUUGGAGAUCAGUGUCGUGUUAUAGAUAUAGGUCUAAGUCCUACUCACGUUUGCAAGCCGCCGAGUUCCAGUUCCAACCCAUCAGAAGUUUGCUCUCCCAACCCGUGCACAAGCCCCUGUGUAUGCAAGCCUUCAUGCAAGCAUACCAACGGUUUCGUGUGCGAAAGCGAGCAAGGGUACAUGGGGAAAACCUGCACAAUACCUCCGCCUGUGUUGGAUUGUAAUUCCGAUCGUAUCACGGUGUCCGUGGAUAAUAGAUUGUACACAGAAUUGCUGGGUGACGUAGUCGGUAAUGCUUACUUUUACAUGAGCCCGGACUACUCAUCAACCCCAGCAGAAUCGUGUAAAGGAACCGCAAGCGGGAAUCCUCUGAAAUAUUACUUCACUUUGCCGAGGUCGUUCAGCGCAUGUGGGACCGAGACUGGGACUACUACACUUGGUGAUAUUAUUGUCUCAAACAAAAUCUGGUUUAACAUUGGCGGGAACGCGUUGUUCGAUAUGCCAGUACCUGUACUGUCGUUCCAAUGUACUUUCCAAGAAAACUACCAAGUAGUCGCUUCGUUGGAACCAGUGGUCGACAAACAAACAAAAAUCGUUCGCGGUAACCACGAAAGGACGUUCACCGGAUCCCUCCAAAUGUGUAAGAUGCUCUCCCAGUGCCCCGCCGCAUGCCCACCCUCAUAUAUUGUACAACCUAACGGAGUAUAUACAGUCGGCGAGGAUCUGAACAUUGUAAUCCAGCAUAACCGAGAGAUAGUUCCAACUGGAAGCACCUUAAGCGUCCAGACACUUUACAUUUCUUGUUCAUCGGAUCCGACGUCCGAUGCUGUGGUAGCAGUGGUAACCAACGGUUGCCCGACCAAUGUAAUUCCUUCAGCAAUAUUUGUGAGCCCCGGUUCAACAUGCGUCACGUUCCAAGUUCAGAGAUUGCUUUCUUGCAACAAGGUGUAUAUCCAUGCAAGACUGAACGUGUGCUCGGUUUCCGCACAGCAGAUUUGCUCAACUUCUCCAUCUGUAAGAAAAUGUCCAUCGAACCAGAGAGGUCGUCGAUCCAUCCAAGAAGAGGAGGUGUUCGGACCGCUAUUUAUUCUUCCAGAAAGGAAAAUCCCCAUUGAAAAACCCGCUGAAGUGGAAAACUUUGACGCGAAGAAUUUAAUUUUGAUAUCCCUACUUGGCGUUCUUGCAGUUUUCGUUCUCAUCGCAUCAGUAUUUCUUUUAGUGUCAUUAUAUCGUUCUUAUCGUAAGAACAAUUAUUCCGUUUCUGGUCGUUCUAAACGAGUGCAUUAACGUAGCUGCAUUUGUUGUGAUUUGCGUUAACGUAACCGCAAAACGGUUUUAAAACGCCCAAUAAAAUGUUAAGUCGAGU